UCAUCGAAAGAAUCCUGGAAGCUGAUGUCGUCCAGGUAAAAGUCUGGAUCUGGAUGAAAUAUUGUGGUGAAGUGCAGUGAACGAAGUGUUUUAGGAAUGGUUAUUCGUAAAAAAAAAGUGACGACAUCUCAGAAGAAAGUUAAUUGAACCUGGAUCGGUAAAGAUUUGGGUAGAGUGUUCUCCACUGAUCUAAAUGCAGAAAUGUUCCUGAACUGGGAAAUCUGACAUCCUACACGCAGGAGUGAUCACCUGCGAAAGGAGACAAAGCUCAGUAGCUAGAGCAGGAAGACCAGUUUUUCCAUCAUCAUCUCCAGCCUUCCAAAAUGUCGCCUUCGUUCCCUCUCUUCUUUUGUUUCCUCAUUGUCACUACAAGUGUCCGCUCCUUGCCUUCAUCUGCUCAAAAUUCCCCGACGAGAAAAUCUCCCACAGAAGUCGUGGACUGGAAUCGCGUCACCAACGAUGCUACAUCGCUUGAUUCAUCGCCACUUUCCCCGACAGUAGUGGAGGGGGAAACAUUACCCUCUGUUAUUCCAAAUAAGACAGAAUCGCUGCUCAUCCCAGCCGUAACAUCAUCAGCGAAUGAAACUCAUUCCAGCGUAAUUAGUCCUACAAAGCGAGAGGCUUCCGAUAGCUCUACAACAACCGGAGAAUCUCUGACCAAUGGUACAGAGGGAGAAGUUUCCACUAGUCCAACCAAACAUGGGGCUCUGAUCACUGCUACAGAGAGAACGACUUCCUCUAUUUCAGCAACAAUGAAGGAACCUCUUCUGGUCGACGCUACAGAGGAAGAAGUUCCUCUCAGUCGUACUACAAAUUUAGGAAAUGAAGAGACCCUUUCCAUCAACAGCACACCUGCCCUAAUAGAGAAAAGUUCGCCUAUUAUAGAGUAUGUAGGAAGAGAGGGUCGUAUUAGCAAUGAUGUUUUAUUUAGUGAUGAAACGCAGGCUUUUACAAAUAAAAGUUCAGCAUCACAGUUAGAGGAGGGUCCCUUUCAGGACACUUCCCAGCUGACAAAACCGCAUAACCAGGAAAAGAAAAUACUUGCUUCCGCUGUACCCAGCAGAGAAGUGACAAAGGCCACAUUUACGCCACCCGUCAUAGCUAAGAAGUGCUGCGAGAGCAGCGAAUUCUGGAAUGGCAGCAACUGCGUUGCUGGAACAAAUCCAUUUCCCUUUGAUCCUUUUACAGGUGCUACACAGGAUCCAGAAUCUGGUCAUUACAAUUUUACUUGGGAAACGAUGAUGCCGAACUGCCCAGAAGAUUUUAAAUACCAAGUUAUCAGGUUUCCUGGAGAGGACGCCUCUUUGAGAGCAAACAAGACUCACAGCUACUUGGAGUGGACUGAAUUAUCCAUGACCAGGCAAACCACACAGUACUGUAUCGGUCAGCAACAAGAUGGCGAUUACUCUGCUGUUACGUGUAUGGCAGAUGAGGAGAAAGUAUGCAACGGAGGCACCUGCAUAAGGAAGUGCUGCCCUCAAGGAGAGGUCAAAUCUUUCGGUAAUUGCAAACCUGGAAACUGGAACUUAAGCUUGUCCUUCUACACACCCUCGGGGGACGAGUCGGAGGCGCCGCGGGACCUUCAGUUGGUGCCGCUAGUCCCAAACUGUAUUUACAAAUCCUCAAUAAUGUUCCCUUCAGGUUAUCGUCUCCUUCCUACCGGCAAACUCUACCUCACAGAGACAGAACAGAUUAUAGAAAACGACAAGUUCUGUACCGAAUAUUACAAAGAAGCAAAUGCAAUCAUCGUGGGUACUGCUUCGAGAAGCCUUCUAAAGUUCAAACAUGGAAGGUCUUCCUGGCACCCAUCGGGAUGAUCAUCUCUAUCCUUUGUCUGGCCUUCCUGAUUCUCCUCCACUUCUCCACGAAGAAGCUCUUGAACCUCCAAGGUUACUGCUUCCUCUGUUACUCGAUCUCGCUCCUGCUGGCGUAUGUCGGGUUCUUCGUCAGUUUCAAGUACUCGAAGCAAAUGAACAAUAUGCACUGCGUUUUCAAUGCCCUGUUCAGCCAGUUCACUCUUCAUGCAGCGUUCUUCUGGCUCAGCGUCAUGUGCUUUGAUAUCUGGAGAGUGAUCAGAUCCUCGGUGAAGCUUAUCCCCCUGACGGGAAUCCUAGAGAACGACAAGCAGAAAUUCCUCCUGUACACAUCCUACGCCUUCGGGUGUCCCUUGGUCAUCGUCCUGGUGACGCUCAUCAUGCAAUUUCUCCCGCAGGUGGCCUCCGCCAGGUUGAUCGUUCCAGGGUUUGGAGAGGAGUCCUGUUGGUUCGCAGGUGAACUGGCGCAGUUCCUCUACUUCUAUCUGGCCAUUGCAACGUUGAUCGUCCUGAGUCUCUGCAUGCUGGGUCACGUGACCCACAUGCUGCGCCAAGCCGAGCCAGGAAUGGGGUGUUGCCUUCGCAAGAGCAAAGGUCCCCGAGCCUUCAACAGGCAGCAUCUCUCGUUAUUUCGUCAGAGGCUGCUUAUCUUCGUCUUGAUGGCCAUCUGCUGGUCCACAGAAGUACUUUCCCUGAGGAUCCCGCCUAAGGACGCCUGGGUCGUCACCGACCUCCUCAAUACACUUCAGGGAGUCAUCGUGUUCAUCAUCUUCUUACUGAGCAAGCAGAAGAGGCAGCUGGUGAAAGAGAGCUUGCUAAAGAUAGCCAAGAAGACCAAGAAGACACUGCAGAAAACCAAAAGCAACACGAAGAGCACAGCUGGAAGCACCGAGCAGUCACAGAGGGAGAUGGCAAAUAUGCCCUCAGGGACACAAGUGUCUUCCGGCGGGUAUGGGAAUCGCAGUCCUCUCCAAGCCCAAGGGAAUGGUUCAGCCCGAGGGAUGCAGCGGCGGCGUAGUCAACGAAGGGUACAGGCAAGAGCACGAAGAAAAGAAAGGUGUCAGCGGGGCUGACGAGACAAAGGAAGCUGACAUCCAAGUGUAGAGCCUAACGUAGUCUUCACUGACAGGGCCUCUAAAAGAUUUGGUCUCGUCAAAGAUAACUGAGCUCGUGGCAAGAUUAGAGCCACAGACACGAAAGAAACGAACGUCAGGGGAUGGUGGUUGUGAGGGGUACCAGCAAUGCCGAUAGUUAAAGGGAGACUGAAACUCGGUUGUGUAUAAAGAGACUCCUUCACAGAGAAUGCUGUGGGAUUCUAGCAUUGCUGGGUGAUUUGUAGACAGAACAAGACUUGACAUGAAACGAAGAACGUUUACUAGAAUAACGAUACAAGAUAUGAUGUCUAUGAAAUAAGAAAACCCUACGCCCCUACCCCCCACUCUCUUGCCUAUGUUGGUGUAGACCGAAGACGAUGAUGUAUACAAAAAACGAAAGUGUUUUGCUGCAUACGUCAUAACUGUUACCACCCAGGUGUCCUUUUCCUAAGAUUACCACUUUGUUU